AUGGCUCUAAUAACUGCCAACUGGAACCCGAUGGGAGAAGCGUUUUACCGUAAAACAGAAUUGUACGAGAUGAGCUGGAACCUGAGAGAUGGACUGAAAGACUGCUUGGUGGCAGCAGCACCUUACGGCGGACCUAUAGCCCUCCUUAGAGAACCUUUGAGACGUUCUCCAAGCUGUCGUCCACAGUUGGAGAUUUACUCUGCUUCUGGAGUUGCCAUUGCCAGUUUCCCUUGGAAAAGCGGGCCUGUGGUUCAUCUUGGUUGGACGGUCUCAGAUGAGUUGUUGUGUAUUCAAGAAGAUGGUUCAGUUCUAAUUUACGACCUGUUUGGAUCCUUCAAAAGGCAUUUUAGCAUGGGACAGGAAGUGGUGCAGUCUCAGGUCUCGGAAGCAAAGGUGUUCCAUUCUCCAUAUGGUACUGGGGUCGCCAUAUUGACAGGCUCUUUUCGGUUCACAUUGGCUACCAACAUCACCGAUUUGAAGCUGAGAAGGUUACCUGUUGUCCCAGGCCUGCAGGCGGCGCCGUCCUGUUGGGUUGUGCUCACGCAAGACCGCCAAACCAAAGUCUUGCUGGCUACCGGAACCGAACUUUAUGUCCUGGACAAUACUUCCUGCACUUCUGUGUGUGCUCCAGGACUCAGUCCUCAGUCGGGCAACAUCAUCCAAAUGUCUGCGUCAUUCAGUUACAAGUAUCUUGCACUCUUUACUGACACUGGACAUCUGUGGACAGGUUUAUCCCAGCUUCAGAGCAAGCUGAGUGAGGUAGACACCAAAGUGAGAAUACCACCCAAACAGAUGGUCUGGUGUAGAAGACCAAAAUCACAGCAGCCAUCUGUGGUUUUGUUAUGGGACCACCUUCUCCUAGUGGCCGGAGUGUGUAACGACAUCAUCCAAUUCCCUUUGGAAACUCAAUGCGUUUGUGUCGGUGAGAUUGAUGGUGUUCGGAUUAUCAGUGGCCACAAUCAAGAGCUGCUGCAGGAGGUUCCUCUUGUCUGUCAGGACAUCUUUAAAAUUGCUUCAAUGGCACCGGGAGCGCUGCUGCUGGAGGCCCACCGCGAGUAUGAGAAGUCCAGUCAAAAGGCUGAUGAGUACCUGCGGGAAAUCAAGGAGCAAGGCAUGCUUGGAGAGGCGGUUAGACAGUGCGUGGAGGCAGCAGGACAUGAAUAUGACUCCACCACCCAGAAGUCCCUGCUCCGGGCGGCAUCCUUUGGAAAAUGCUUCCUGACAGACUUCAGUCCAGAGAACUUUGUAAGCACCUGUCGAGAGCUUCGCGUCUUGAACGCUGUCAGAGAGUGCAGUGUGGGCCUGCCUCUCACACACACACAAUUCAAACAGAUGACCCUGCAGGUGCUAAUUGACAGGUUGGUAUACCGUCAAUUGUAUCAAUUAGCUAUCGAGGUCUGCCGUUACCUGAAGAUUCCUGAUUAUCAGGGAGUUAGCAGGGUUCUCAAGCACUGGGCAUCAUGUAAAGUCCAGCAGAAGGAGCUUUCAGAUGAAGCCAUAGCCAGAGCGGUGUGUCUGAAGGUGGGAGACUCACUGGGUGUGUCAUACUCACAUAUUGCUGCUAAAGCUUAUGAAUGUGGACGUGCAGAGCUCGCCAUCAAGCUGUUGGACUCAGAGGCUCGGUCUGGUGAGCAAGUUCCUCUUCUAUUGAAGAUGAAGAGGAGUCAGCUAGCUCUCAGUAAAGCUGUAGAGAGUGGAGACACUGACUUGGUUUACAUGGUUGUGACUCACCUGAAGAACGAAAUGAACAGAGGAGAUUUCUUCAUGACUCUAAGGAACCAGCCUGUCGCUUUAAGUCUCUACAGACAAUUUUGUAAACUGCAGGAACAAGAAACGCUGAGAGAUCUUUAUAACCAGGACGAUGACCAUCAGGAGCUGGCCAACUAUUAUGUCGCUGCCAGCUACAGAGAGAAGAGGUUGGACAGCCGCCUGUCUUACCUGCAGAGUGCUGUCGAUGAAUACAACAAAGCCAAAAAUGAGUUUGCUGCAAAAGCAACCGAAGACGAGAUGCGUCUUCUCCGUUUCCAAAAGAAACUAGAUGACGAGAAGGGCACAGGCCUUCUGGGCUCAUCACUACAGGCAACCAUGGAGACUCUGCUAAUGUUGGGACUUUACAAGCAGACUGAUCAACUUUAUCGAGACUUCAAAGUACCUGACAAAAGGUAUUGGUGGUUGAAACUUAAGUCUUUGGCAGAGAAGGAGGAAUGGGAAGAGUUGGAGAAGUUCUCAAAGAGUAAAAAGAGUCCAAUAGGUUACCUGGCCUUCGUGGAGGUCUGCAUCAAAAGAAAUAACAAGUUUGAAGCCAAGAAGUACAUCUCUCGAGUAGCGCCUGAGCAGAAGGUCAAAGCUCACCUAGCCGUCAGCGACCUCGAGGGGGCUGCAGACGUAGCCAUUGAACGCAGGAACGAAACUGAAAUAUCGGCAGUCCUUGCAAGAUGCUCUACCUCGGAUCGGUUGUUGACUGACAGGUUAAAUAGAGCCAAAUUGACAAUUGCCAAAAAGUGA